AUGUAAAAAGGAAAAAUAUAAAUUCAAGUUUCUAGAGGAAAUAUAGAUUUAUUAAUACGUUCUACAUAUUAAGAAAUCAAUAAAUUAAAACUUAAAAGUGAACGUUUCUAAAAAAAAAAAAGAUAAGAAGAUGAUAAGCUCCGAAAAGAAAGAUAUGAAAGCAUUUAAAAUGAAGCCGCUUCUUCAGGAAAAAGAAAUGCUGCUUUAGAAAUGAAGUGGGCUGAAUUGAAUGAUAUUGAAGAAUGUGAAGAAUUAAAUGCAUAAAUACAAGAAUAGUAAAAAGUAUUUGCAUAAAUAAUUGAAGGAAAAGAAAAUCUAAGAAAAGAAUUUGAAGAUGAAUUAAAAAAGAAAGAUGAUGAAUACAUAAAAAUGCUUAAAGAAUAAUCUAAUGAUAUUAGAGAUAUGAUUAAAUAAAUGAGAAGUUAAUAUACUUCUGUUAGAUUAGCAAAUUUAAAUGAAUUUGAAGAUAUUGAAAAACAAUUUGAAUAGGAUAGAUAAAAUUUAAUUAAAGAAUAAUAAACAGAAAUCGAUAAAAUAUUCGAAAAACAUAACAGUAUAGAGAAAGAAUAUGUAGAUUAAUAUGCAGCAAAAGAAGAAGAUAAUAUCAAAAACAUAGAAGAUUUAAGAAUAAAAGGAGCCAAACAUUACGCAGAAUUAAAAAUAACAAUGGAAACUGAAAUUUAAGAUUUAGAAAAAUGCUUUGAAGACAUGAAAGCAUUAUAUUAACUUAUUACUGAAAAAUUAGACUAUAGUUUAAAAGUUUUGAAAGAAAAACAUGAUGAAAACAACACUUUGUGUGAUGAACUUAAAAGAAGAGAAAAUAAUUACAAAAACAGACUAAAAGAUUUAAUUAGGGAUUAUAAUUAAAAAGAUAAGAACUUUAAAGAGGAAAAUAAAAGAUUAACUUAGGAAUAUAAAAGGGUUAUAAAAUAAUUCAAAGAAUUAUAAAGAAAAUUCAAACAUUUCGAAAAAGCUGAUAUGGAAAGAUACACUGAAAUUUAAAAAAUGAAUGAAGCUGAAGUACAAAAACUAAAAGAAUAAAUAAUUAAAUGCAAUAUGACAAUACACGUUUAGUAAUUAGGAAUAAAAUGGGUAAAUCAUUUGACGGAAGAAGAAAUUAUAGCUAACUAAUUAGCAAGUUAAUAACCUGUUUUAGCGGAAUCUGAAGAAGUAUAGUUUUUGGUAAGCGAAAGUAAAUUAAAAGAAAUUUGCAAAAUUAUAUUAGAUGAAGCUGACUUUUUGAUUGAUGAUAAACUUAGAGAAGAAUUAGAAGGUAAACCAGAACAUGAAAACAUUUCUUAAAGAUUAGAUUGUAUUAAAAAAUGUUUAUAUAUAGAAUCAACAGAUGAAAUGAAUAUUUUUAUAAAAUAAUUAAUAACAACAUGCAGAGUAAAAACUUUAGAUGAAUAAUAAAUGGAAGCUAAGUAAAGACUUAUAGAGGCAGGAAUAAUUAAAGAAGAAUAGUUUGUUUAAGAAAUAGAUUUGGAAACUACUUAAAUCAAUAUUAAUGAAAUUAUUAGAUUUUUAUAAAAUUGGCAAACAACUAAAGAAUAAAGAAAGCAUAUGCUUGAAAGUUAAAGCUCUAAAAAAGCUGUUAAAUAAGAAACUCAAAGAGAAAUAAAGGAAAGAAUUGCUAGAGAAGGUAAAAAAUAUUGGGAAAAACUUACAUAAGUACUCCCUGCUAGAACUUUUAGAAUUUGGAAUGUAUUAGAUAAAUCUUUAUCAGAGUAUUAUGAAUUAUUAUUAGAAAGAUAAAAACUUAUUGAAGAAACUAGUGAUUUACAUAAUUAAAAUGAAGAACUUAAAAACUUGUUAAAUCAAUAUAUUUAAAUUGAUCAUGAACUUAUUAUUAGGCCAACAAGGCUUAUUAAUGUUGAUUAAGCAUAGAAAUGA